AUGUCCGUUAGUAAGAGUAAAUACAGUGAACGUCCAGUUACUGUCGAAAAGGCCAUUCCAGUGACGUAUGAUUUGGGUAAUUUGGCUGUGUUUGACACAAAUGUUCUAGAUAAGAAUGCAUUGGACUCAUCUAAUGCUACUCGUGAAGAAACAUUGAAGGAGUUAACUCGUGACAACGUUCAACUCUUGGUGAACCAGAUCCUCUCAUUGCCUAUUAAGACGACGACUGAAUCUGCUGGUGGCUCUAGCGGUCAGUCUGCAUCUAUGACUUUGGUUCAACUACCCGAACCUACAACUGAACUACCUAGAGAAAAGCCUCUACCUAAGCCUAAGGCACCAACUAAGUGGGAGCAAUUUGCUGCUAAGAAGGGUAUUAAGCCUAAGGAGAGACAAGGUAAGAUGAUAUACGAUGAAGCUAGAGGUGAAUGGGUUCCAAAGUGGGGUUAUAAGGGCUCCAACAAGGAACUUGACGACCAAUGGUUGGUCGAAGUUGAUGACAAGGUCAAGGGAACUGAAGAUGAAUUGAUUGAUCCAAGAACACUAAGCAGAGCCGAAAGAAAGAGAUUAGUGAAGAAGAACGAGCUUCAACACAAGAGAAACUUGAAGAACCAACUAAAAUAA